CCCUGAUCAUGCAAAACGGAUCGGGGGAAAUCAGAGAUUUUCUUGUCCCCCUAGUCUCUGCAUUCUGAUUUCCCCCAACUAUCUCCGUCACCUUGUAAAACUGGCAGACUCUGGACCUUUGCACGCUGGAGAAAAAUCACUGUUUUGCCUCCAGCAAGGAACAUACAUGUUGCAACACUGACUCCUCCUCUAGUGAAGAAAGAGUGAACAAGUGCACCGAGUUGAGCUUCUUCUCAGAGACACGCGGCUGGCGACUGCAGAGCAGCGGCUAAAAUCCCCAGACGCCAGGUCUUCUGGGCUGGGCUUUCCCCCGCCUUCCUGCUCUGUCUCAUUCGCUCCUCUCCUGCGUUCUGGAUUUUAAACAGCUUUACCUGUCAGCGAUAACGCUCCCGUCCUUUGCAGGAAGUGCUCUCUAUCCCGGGUAUGGCAGACUUUUCUCUCCAGCAGAACUAAAAGACACUUCUGUGUGAAGGUGAGCACCGCAGAUGGUUUGCACAUGAGCCCUGAAGGGAGCCUCUGAUAUCUAUUGCCUGUAGCAAGAAGAAGGGGCCAGCCUGAAGAAAACCAUGCCAUCUGCACUUGCUUUCCUGCUACUUGUUCUCAGCGUCAGCCUCCUCAAUGGACAGUCACCACCUGGAAAACCUGAGAUCCACAAAUGCCGUUCCCCUGACAAGGAAACAUUCACCUGCUGGUGGAAUCCAGGGUCAGAUGGAGGGCUGCCUACCAAUUAUUCACUGACUUACAGCAAAGAAGGAGAGAAAACCACCUAUGAAUGUCCAGACUACAAAACCAGUGGCCCCAACUCCUGUUUCUUUAGCAAGCAGUACACUUCCAUAUGGAAAAUAUACGUCAUCACAGUAAAUGCCACGAACCAAAUGGGAAGCAGUACCUCGGAUCCACUUUAUGUGGAUGUGACUUACAUUGUUGAGCCAGAGCCUCCACGGAACCUGACUUUAGAAGUGAAACAGCUUAAAGACAAAAAAACAUACCUGUGGGUAAAAUGGUCCCCACCCACCAUAACUGAUGUAAAAACUGGUUGGUUUACAAUGGAGUAUGAAAUUCGAAUAAAGUCUGAAGAAUCAGAAGAGUGGGAGAUACAUUUUACAGGUCAUCAAACACAAUUUAAGGUUUUUGACUUAUAUCCAGGACAAAAGUAUCUUGUCCAGACACGCUGCAAACCAGACCAUGGAUACUGGAGUAAAUGGAGUCAGGAGAAUUCCAUUGAAAUACCAAAUAAUUUCACCUUGAAAGACACAACUGUGUGGAUCAUUGUGGCCAUUCUCUCUGCUGUCAUCUGUUUGAUUAUGGUCUGGGCAGUGGCUUUGAAGGGCUAUAGCAUGAUGACCUGCAUCUUUCCACCAGUUCCUGGGCCAAAAAUAAAAGGAUUUGAUACUCAUCUGCUAGAGAAGGGCAAGUCUGAAGAACUGCUGAGCGCCUUGGGGUGCCAAGACUUUCCCCCCACUUCUGACUGUGAGGACUUGCUGGUGGAGUUCUUGGAAGUGGAUGAUAAUGAGGAUGAUCGGCUAAUGCCAUCCCAUUCCAAAGAGUAUCCAGGCCAAGGUGUCAAGCCCACACACCUAGAUCCCGACAGUGACUCUGGUCAUGGGAGCUAUGACAGCCAUUCUCUUUUGUCUGAAAAGUGUGAGGAGCCCCAGGCCUACCCCCCCACCUUCCACAUCCCUGAGAUCAUUGAGAAGCCAGAGAACCCUGAGGCAAAUAUUCCUCUGACCACAGACCCCCAAAGCACCACCCCCAAUUUUCAUGCAGAUGCAUCCAAAUCUUCAACAUGGCCUUUACCGCCUGGCCAACACAUGCCCAGAUCUCCUUACCACAGCAUUACUGAUGUGUGCAAGCUUGCUGGAAGUCCUGUGGACACACUGGAUUCUUUCGUGGACAAAGCAGGGGAAAAGGUUCUAAAGUUGUCUAAAGCCCUUGAGACUGGAGAGGAAGAAGUGGCUGGUCAAGAAGGGGCCAAAAGCUUCCCUUCUGACAAACAAAACAUGCCUUGGCCACUGCUCCAGGAGAAAGGCCCCACUGUCUAUGCUAAACCCCCAGAUUAUGUGGAGAUUCACAAAGUCAACAAAGAUGGAGUGCUGUCAUUAUUCCCCAAAGAGCGAGAAAACAACCAGACAGAAAACCCUGGCAUUCCUGAAACCAGUAAGGAGUAUGCCAAGGUGUCUGGGGUUACGGAUAGCAACAUCCUGGUGUUAGUGCCAGACUCACGAGCCCAGAACACAGCCUUGCUCGGGGAAUCAACCAAGAAGGCUCCACCGUCACUUGAACAGAACCAAUCUGAGAAAGAUCUGGCCAGUGUUGCUGCAACCUCAAGCAACCGCAGACUCCACCUGGGCAGGCUGGAUUACCUGGAUCCUACAUGCUUCACGCACUCCUUUCCCUGACAGCUAGACUUGUGGACCGAUUGGCUAAAAUGUGAUUUCUCUUCAGGUAACACUACAGAGUCAUGAAGCAAUGUUACAGGAUGUGGGUAUAAAAGAGAAAGAAAGAAAAACACUAAUUCACUCCUUCUCACACUUGUGUUCAGCACUUGCCUCUUUUCAACAGCUGAUCAAAUCAACUUGUUUUCUGUGAUUUGUAGAUUUGCUCUUUGAGAUAUAUAUAUAUAUAUAUAUAUAUAUAUAUAUAUAUAUAUAUAUAUAUAUAUAUAUAUAUACUCAACAGAAUAAAAGCACAUCGCUUACUAUUCUUGAGGGAUGGUGCCAACAGGUAUAGCCUCUGCAAUAGACUUGUCAUCUGACAGAAGGUAUGAAAUAAUCAAAAUGGCUUAGCACAAGAAGAUGAGAGAUAGGUUAAAAAUGCUAUGAAAAUUGUUCUUAAGAACUGACGACUAAGCCUUUACACUCCUCCUUCAUUUUCAUGAUGAUGGUCCGGAUAUUGCACUUUUUGGAAAGAAUACAUCCCAGGACACCAGCCAAAUUGUUUACAUCAGUCCCUAUACCUUAAUGACCCAUUGCCUGUAUGCAAAUGGUAUCAUGCCCCCAAUGUUUUCUUAAGGUGAUUUGAAUAUGUUAAGCAUGGGUUAUUCUAAGGAAACUUUAUUUUAUUCUAAGGCUUCUCAAGUAUAUAAUUUGGAGAAACAAAAUUUUCUUACAAAAUAUGGCCAAUGAAUUCCACGAAGUGAACCAUUUCAAAUGUUUUUCUUGCUUCAUUGGAGCAGGAGAUGAUUUGUUAUAAACCCUAGUAUUUUCUUAGUAGAAAAAAAAUCCCAAAGACUAACUUUAAUCUAAAAGGUAACCAUUGCAGGAUGCUAAUAGAAGUGUUGCCUUACUGUAUAUACAAUUCUACUUUAAUACAAACCCGUAAGUUUAGCAAUGUAUUUUUGAAGACUAUUUUUCUAUGGCUUAGGUAAAGUAAAGACUAUUUUCUAACUUCCCAGGUCCGCAGUUUACGUUUUCAAGUGAGUAGAGUGAACUCAAGUGCAAGGUUACAGUGAGCAUUAUUUAUCAGUAUAUGCAGUCCCUAUUAGACUGAAGUGCCAGGCAACCUAUUGCCCAUUGAGGAAUGCAAAGUGGAUGAAAAACCUCAACUGAGUACAAUAGAGUAAGGUUUAUCUGUUUAUUUUUAACCCCAUGAUACUUUGAAGAGCAACCAUCACCAACUUUGGGUUUUAGGGCUUUCUAUAGACCUAACAAAUUUCUCCCAUGAGCUUAGGCCUCUGCCCACCUAUGGGCGAGUCUCACAAACCACCAUGAAUAAAGGCAGUGAUGACUGCUGAGGGUUUCCAAGACAGAGAUCUGACUUUGUUUUAUUUACUUUUAUCUGAGCGAAUCUGAACACACACACAAAAAAAAGAUUUUAAGUCAAACCAACCGUCAGCAUCUCCUUGGAAUACAUGCAUUUGUAAGAUCUUGGCAGAGGCUGUGCUCACGUCACAGAUGUCCAGAUAAAAGUUUUAGGAAAGCAAGCAUCUGCCCAGUGAUAACAGUUUUAAAGGUCAGGGGAUGGUAGAAUGUGCAAGCCAGCUCCAAAGGCAGGCUUCCUGAGAAGAUUCAAAGCAAAGCCUUGGACCUCCAUUUAACAAUAGUGUCUAUGACUCAUUCUCCCUCUGCUUCUUCUCACCUACUGGCAAAUCAGUUCUCUGUCCUUUCACCAACUGGAUAUAGAGACUCUGAACACACCUCUUAUGAGUUCAACAUUUCACCCAGCGUGCACAUGGUGGUAGAAGCAGUACUCAGAGAUUCUCCGAUGACAGGAAGGAAACAGAACCAAUGCUUCUAGAACUACAAAUGCAAGCAGCCAAAGCUUAUAUUCCCAAUACAUAAAGGAUCUUGUGAACAACAGAAGCAUUUGGGAAAGUCAUCCAGGCUCAUGCAAUACCGAGUCCUCCAUACUGAAUGUCCAAGAACCAACUGUAUCUCCGAAGACAUCCAGAACUGGAGUCUGAAUAUUACUGCAUUUACUAACCUCCCAGUCAUAAUCAAGUUGGAGAAACAUUUUUCUCUAUGAUAAUUUUGAAAAGUUAUUUUUCCCUCUCUUGGAAUGUAUGGAGCAAGUCUAUUUAACUUGACAUGAGCAACACAGUCUGUAAAGAGAAAACAAAAACAAAACUCUUAGUGAUUUAAGAUUCACGUGGUGAUGUCACUUAUAUAAAGUCACACAAGACGAUGGCCUGCAAAUGACCCACACACAGCCUCCAAGAGUGUCAGUGAAACUAAUUCAUCUGGAAAGCUACUGAAAAAGAGCAUCAGUGCCAAAGCCGAUGUAGACUAAACUUUCUUUCCCGACGCAUUCUAUCCUUCUCCAGGAGACAAAUAAAUGUAUUGAUGUACAAGUCACCACUAUAAAAUUGAUAGUGCAUAUAUUGUUCAUAGUUUGAAAUUUCUAAAAAUUGGCUUUAGAUAUGUAAUUUUGCAAAUGUGAAAAAAUAUGCCUGUCUAAAGUCAGGUUACAUUCCACAAAAAUAAGUUAGCAGUCACGAAAUAAAAUCAAAUCUAUAUAGUUCUAUUCAUUUAUUAAAUUUUUGUGGGCAAAUAUUUUCUGUUGAAAGAUAGCUGCUCGGAUGAAAGACGGCAUGCUAGGAGUCGAGACACCUGGGUUCUAGUCCUGUUUUGCCUUGGAAAGGCCAAUGACCUAUUCUACUUUUCUUUGUGUUGGACCAAUAAUCUCUACAGCCUUUUGAAAUUCAGUCUUCUUGAUUGUAUGGCUUGAUGAAUGAUCAAAACCAAUCCCUUGCAUCUUAGUGAUGUUUUCAUGCAAUUAUAAAAAUGCAGAGCCGCCUGCACUCACGUGCUCAUCCUGCUUCACUGUGUAAAGUCUCGGCAACCAUUUGUCUUCACAUAUAUUUCAUAUUAUAUGGACACAGUAUAAGUCAGACUCUAGGAUCAUGUGCAGAUAUGUGUGCUGAGGUAAGAUACAGCACUAAGAAAGAUACAGGACAUGAGACACAAGUCUUUAGACAAAGUCCGUUUUAUGCAUCAAGCCCUGCUCAUUCCUGCAUGGAACCAACAGCCUCAAACUUCUUGCAUUUGGUUGUUGCCUGUUUCCUCAUCAUCCUGUUUAAUGAAUAAACAUUGCCCACAUAGAUUAAAGAAUCUUUUGCUCUGAAUCAUUUUUUUAAAAAAAAAAUGUAUAGUUUUCUAAGCAACUAUCUAAAAAUUUCAAGUUACAAAGUACGUAAAAACGGAAUAUAUUCAUUGGGUGAUUGAUAGAACUUUAGGACACAAAUGGUAAAGUGUUCUCUCAUAAGCUUUAGCAAGUACAUAGAAGGAACUUCAAUAUGAGCACAACUUACCAUCAGCAAUGUCACUGACUUUUAAUAGAUGAUACAUUCUCCUAAGUGCCUGAGACCAAUCCUGGUGGUCAGUUACAGGUCAAUGAUUCACUGGAAAUCAGUUUGUUGGGAAACAGUCAAGCCCUUGUUGCCCGUGCAAAAGUAAAUCUGAGAGACUCUUUACUUGAUAUGAUCCAAGGUGAAUCCUCAGUCAAUGAACAACCAAAAGACCUGAACUCGGGGGAAAGUUUGUCCUGAUGAAUAACUAGCUCCUUCAUUUUCUUUUGGCUUUAGCUGCCCAUCAUUUGUAAAGUGACUCAACUUGCCCUUAGCAACUUCAAUUUAGCAUAGGCAAGAAAGAAAGAGAUCUGUACAUGUUUUAUAAAGUGCCUUUCUUUGUUUUUUAAAAGGUUUCAUUUUGGAAGAAAAGUGCAUUAAUUGGAAAGCAAAUUUUAUCUUAAAUGGAUUUCUUUUAAAUAAAUGGAGAGAUAAAAAAAAGGUGGGGAGAGAAUGAUACAAAAAACUUACCAACAAAAUGUGCAGGGAUUUUUGCAUAUAGUUUAUUUGAAUCAUCACAGAACUGAAGUGAAUAGUAUCAAUCACUUUGCCUGAGUCUGAGCAUGACUGGAAAUGAACCUGAAGCCUGUAAUUCAAGGCUUUCCAUUCUGAAAAAAAAAAAUGUUGAUUCAUUCUUGAAUGACACUGAAUUGUAUGCCUGACCCUGAAGAGGCCAAUGUGUGCACUUUGAAGAUCUGAACACAGACAUAAAAGUAGUAAUGACCUUGAAUAUCUAUCCUGUGACUUGCUUUGGAUGACAGCUUCAUUCAUACAUCAUUGAACAAGGCUUAUUUCCUGACAUUUUUGGCUCAAGCACAAUACUGAUUCUGGUAGGAGAGUCUCUGAGCCCUCAGUGUCUAGCUCUGGGUCAUAUCACUGCUACUAAAUAGGCUUGAUUAUUUUUUAAUUCUGACCACUGGUUUCCCUUCUUUUAAAUAAGUAGGUUGACCCUCCCCCCCAAAAAAAAGUUUCUACAAUUUCUUCUAGGUCUGUCUUUAAUUCUCAUGAGUUAAGUAAAAUCUAAGACUGUAGGUGAAAGGUCUAGGGGUCAUAGCCAACAUGCCUCUAACUUAGAGAGUAAAUGCUUGAAACUGUGUGAAGAAAUGCUGAACAGAAAACUGAACCCAUGUCUCUAAAUCAGGUAGACCAGAAAUCUUGCGACUCUGCCUCCUUACCAUUUCAACAUUCUUAGAGUUCUUUCAGCCCUUCUUUCCAGGACCUGCUAUUCUCCCUAAAGAUUAAUUAUGCAGAAUGGUAAAGUUGGAAUCUACAGGAACAAAAUUACCCAUAAACAAUGAUUUGAAUCUGCAUAAGAUGAACCAAUUGUUAACUCUCCAAACAGACAGAAACCUAAAUGGAGGUCAUAAAUAAUGCUUCUUUUUGAUAUGUACAUGUUUAAAGAUUCAAGCCAGUGACUCAUUAUCUAAUAAAUCUGGGCUAUCUUGAGAAAUAGGUGUUGACUGUCUUUAAAAGAAGCUUUAAAAAAUACAGACUGUUUUCUUCAGAGUUUGUGAUUUAACCAGAAAAUCUACUUAUAAUUGCAGUCCUUUCCUAUAAACAAUAGGUGUUAUCUGGGGAUCACAUGGAAAUUUUCUUCUCUGAGUUUCAUUUUCCAAAAUGAUAAAGGUUUUAGGUUUGAACUCUGCAUGUAUCAAUUUCCAGUGGAGGGAAAAGAUAAAAAAAUGGAAUGUCCCAAAGUGUGGGGCAUAUCAUAUCAGAACCCCACCAAAUGGGAUAUCCAUUCACUCAAAUCUUACUGGAAAGGGUAAAUCUACAUGUAAUUAUGAGUGAAUUGCAGAGGGGUAAACAUAACUCAUAAGACCAUAGGCUAACAGCAGUUCUGUUCCCACCAAGUCCUUCUAUCCCAAGUUAUAAAGCACUGUUAUAUAAACUCAAGUUGUAAAACACAUAGUGCAGAAAGGCAACCAAGUACAGUCUGGUCAAUAAGGAAUGAACUCACAGACAAUCUUAGCAUGUUGAUCAAUAUUUACCUACUGUUGUUUAAAAAGAGAAGAAGAAAUUCUAAAAAUCUUUUGUGGCUGAAACAGUACUUUCAAACAUAAACCUUAGUAGUUACGGUCAAAUUAUGGCCCCCUGAAUACACUUCAAAAUACAGGCUUGGUUUUUCUCUGCACAUUGCAAAUUGGGGGCCAGGGCAGUCUUUUCUUUUUGUCACAUUCUCUAAAAUGAAAAAAUAAAAAAGAAAUUAUAAGAGAAAAAUACCUCUGAAAAUCAUUUGUUUUACUUAAUUCCUGAGAAAUAGAUUUUGAAUUUUUAAAACUACCUCCCUUCCACAUCCUAAUGACCUUCCUUCAAAGCUGCUUAUAGUUAGAAAUGAAAGAUACCACAUUUUAUGUUUGGACUGGUGUUGAUGGAAUAUUUGAUAUACUUUUCAUGUGACACUCCUAACUCUAAAUUAUGGUAUUUUACACUAUUUUCCUUUUUUGUGAUUCAAAACCCAUAUAUGCCAUAUUGAAAUAUAUAAUCCUCUUGUUGUAAACUUUAUCAUGUGAUACAAGUGAAAAUCAUUAUUUAAUGACUUAUGAUCUAACCAUAUCUAAUUUCAAUAUAAUUAUGUUUAUGUCUGUAAAGCAAAACUAAAUAUAUGUAAUCAUGUAUGUAAUCAUAUAUUUCUGUUGAAACUGUGAAUGUACUGAUUUUCCCUUUAAUCUUUGAUAGUGUAAGUCAUUGUAUAACUGACUUGGGGUUCUAAUGUAUUUAAAGUACAAUCCACCAACUAUUGAAAUGUCAACCCUUUGGCUUGGCUUCUUGUGAUCCCCAAGUGUUUUUUGCACCUUGAGUCUUGCUUUUGUGCUUUGUGCUCUGUCAUUAAUUUUAAACAAUGUAAGAGUCUCUUGUGUAAACCAAAGUAAUCAGCCCAUUGAGUGAUCUUGCCUUCUGUAAAGCCAUAUUGAAGCAAAGACUCCGCUGUAGCAUAAGGUUCCCUAUUUCCAAAGCUGCCACUACCUCGCUCCUGCUUUCCCUACAAAAUGCCAAACAAAGUUUAACCUUAAGUGGAAAAUUAGAAGUGAUUGCUACUGUUGUCAUUUUUAACCUUCUAACUCAUUACUUUGCAGAUUUAUGCUAGGAUUUAUGAAUAACCAUUUUUACAUUUUGAUAUUUUGUAGACAUUGGCUGAUGAGUAAAGUACAGAAAGACUACACACUAAAUCAUCAGAUUUUUAAAAAAAAUCAUAGAGUGCAGGUAUUUUUUUUAUCAUUGAGUUGCCUCAAGUUGGUUGGCCAAAGCAACUAUAACCUGGGUCACUCGAUGCCUGGCUCACAGAUGUUUAUCCCCUUUGCCUCCAUUAGUUCUAUUUCUUGUGGCUAUUGCUUGAAAUGCAAAUGAACAGAAUUACUGAGAUGUGGAUGAAGUGAUUUUUCUAAUUUUUUGCUGCCAAAUCUGUAAUCAUAAAUUUGCUAUUUAACUUCCCCAAACUCUCAAGAAAUAAAUGUUUUCUUUAUUUGAUUUUAAUCAUCAAAUAUACUGUAGUAUUGGAAGAGUCAGCCAUUUAUCAGAAACAAUCUUGUUUUGAACUUAAAGACUCGUUUCUAUAUGUUACUAUUGUGAUAUCAACUUUUUUCUUUUAGCAUUAAAGGGUGAUACAAUGCUAAAUUCUUAUGAUUUACCCUCCUACAUUCUUCUGCGAAUCUUGGGUUAUUGCACAUUGUACUUUCUAGUUUUUAUGAAUUUAUUUGUUUGUCUCCAUCCACUUUAUAAGGACAACAUGGACAGCUAAAGCUUGUCAGUUAUAUGAAGAUUAUGCUACUUUCUCUCACAUUUUUACUGCAUGCUAAAAAUAAUGCUUGCCAAAUGGAAUCUUAGACAUCCCAGAAUAAUAUGGUUACUAUAUUUCUAUUUCUGUCAUUAUUGAAAAUACCCAGCUCAGUGCCUGACUCAAUAAAUGUUUGUUUCCCUU